AUGUCCUGUGACCGCUACGCCAUCAUCUGCCGCCCCCUCCGCUACUUGGUCAUCAUGGACCGAAGGGCCUCUGGGAAGAUGACCGCCGCCUCGUGGUUCAGCAAGGGGCUGAACGGAGGCAUCCAUUCCACCGUGAAUUUCUCCCUUCUCUUCCGUGACACCAACGUCAUCCAUCAGUUCUUAUGCGACAUCCCUUCCCUCAUCUGGCUCGCCUACUCCAAACGCUACAGUGAUGAGAUCGACGUUAUGGGCCUCAGCGUGUUUCUGGGCCUCGGUUGUUUCGUCUCCAUUGUCGUCUUGUACGUGUGCAUCUUCCGGACCAUGCUGAGUAUGCCGGCCGAAGAGAGCUGUGCCAAAACCUUCUCCACCUGCCUGCCCCAUUUCGUCGUCCUCACCGUCUUCCUCUCCACAGGCGUGUUCGACCUGCUUCUGUCCGUUCUCUACGCCGUCGUGCCACCCACCCUGAAUCCCCUCAUUUACAGCGUGAGGAACCAGGACCUGAAGGCCGCCCUGGGGAACUUCUUCCUCAGGAACCUGUCCGUCCUCGUCCUUUGCCUCAUCUCCAUUACCCUCCCCCAGUCCAACCACAACUCCCUGACCAACCUUGGCCUCACCUUCAGUUAUUUCCUCGCCAUCGUUGUCUCGUACGUGUGCAUCUCCCGGACCGUGCUGAGGAUGUUGGCUGGCGAGGGUCGGGCCACAGCCUUCACCACCUGCUUGCCCCACCUCGCUGUCGUGACUUUUUUCUUAGCAAAUAGUGCCUUCGCCUACCUUAAGCCUGUGUCAGAAUCCCCCUCGGCCCUGGACCUGCUGGUGUACGUGUUCUACACCGAGGUGUCCCCCGUCCUGAACCCCGUCAUCUACAGCCUGAGGAACCGGGACAUGAAGGCUACCCUCACAUCGGUCCCACGGAAGUCACUGGUGAUGUCGGAGUCUCCUGCGGAUAAAGAUGGCUGGUCUGGUUACUGA